AGAGAGAGAGAGAGAGAAAUGAGAUAUUGAGUACGUUUUACUUUAGAUUCAACUGACACAAUAUUGAUGUGUUAUCUUAUCUUCUAUAUUCUUCUAUAUUUUUAAAUUUAAAGAAAGAGAGGGAGAGAGAGAGAGAGAGAGAGUACUGCUGUUACACGGUCUAAAUGUAUGAGUGACAUGCAAUUUAUGAAGUUUGAAAUCAUGUAUUCCUCCUGCACUGAUCGAGCCAUCAUAUUAAAUGUCAGUAUAAUUAUCCCAACACACUAGAACUAUUGUUUUUCAUUCCCGCAUUAGCCUUUACCCUAUUAGUUUAUCCCUUACAAUCAGCUGACUGAUGACGGGUGAAAAGUCCGUGCAAAAUUCGCGCCACUCCAAUGAACGGAAAGAUGAAGACGUGUUUUGUGAUGUGUUUAAUUUUUGGCUGGUAUACAAUUGUUUGUGCGCAAAUUAGAUGUCAUAGAUGUCCAAACUACCUUGGAGUUGUAGAUUGUACGCAAACGCGAUGGAACUGUUAUAGUAUUUUUCUUGGUGCGCAACUUAAAAUUCGCGAAAUUCGAGUCUCCGAGUGCACAGUCAACAUAAAUCUAGUGGGGAACAGAAAGCUACCCUUUCCAGUCGUGCGAAAUAGAGAUGGAGAUACUUGCCCCGAUGUAUUCACACCUAUUAGAGAGUCUAUGGAGACAAGUCCAAGUUGGAGUUCAACAGACUCUCCCACAAAACCAGCGAGGGUCCUAAGCAACAAGACUUCCGGUAUGACACGAACAACAAUAUACCAAGUAAGAACAGAGACCACCACGGAAGCAACAGAGGCCACCACGAAAGCAACAGAGACCACCACGAAAGCAACAGAGACCACCAUGAAAGCAACAUGGCUGGCGCUCAGCAAGACUCUUGAUGUUAGUGUAGAUGGGACAUCAAUGACAGUGAAUCCCAAACAGCAGACAUCAAUGACAGCGAAUCCCAAACAGCAGACAUCUAUGACAGUGAAUGCCAAACUGCAGAGUGACACAGAGGGGGAGGAAAAAGAUGCAUAUUAUGGAUUCCUAGCUUGGGGAAUCACAGCUACAGUCUUCUUGAAGCUGUCGAUUAUCAUCAUCAUCAAGAUGAGAAUUCAUUAUACCACCAAUCCUCAAUCGCAAGAUGAACCAAUAGAAUCCAACAUCCCUAACCAAGUCCAAUCACCACCUCAGCCAACUGCACCACCCCAGCCAACAACACCACCCCAGCCAAAGAUUGUCACACCUGAAACAGCAAGUGGUGAACAUUUCCACACGCCUCAAUCGUUGAAACCCCUAAUUAGACCGUCUCCUGUCAGUGCCCACACAAGGUCUAAAAUGCAAAAAAAAAAGUUAGUGUUUGAGUCAAAGGUUUAAGCUAUAAGAGUUAGAGUCAAAGGUUUAGGCCAUUAGAGUGAAAAGAAACCACAUGAGAUAUGCAUGAUGACACUGUAGUAACAAGACAUUGAUGUCUUGAAUUUAUAGUUUGUAUGAUAUGUAUGUUUUUUUCCCUUACUUUUCUGUGUUUCAUUUGUGGACGAGAGGAAAAAAUGAUAAUUUUUUUCCAAAAUGUUAGAAUUGUUUUUUGAUUUAUGAUACUGAUUCUUUUUUCAAGAAAGGAAAAGGAACAAUAGAUAGAAUUUUACACAUAUGAUUUUUUUUUAUUAGUUUUAUGAUAAAAACUGAAAUAACAUUUUAAUCUAUGUAUUAGAAUUAACACUUCAUGUUUUAUUAUGUGUAAUUUUACACUGAUUUUAUACAACCUGUGCAAGGUUACGAGAGAGAGAUUUUUGAAAAUUAUUCUAUGUUUGGUUGAUUGGAAGGUGGAUUUUUUCUUUGCAGACAGGAAGGGAGAUAAUGUAAAUUCCUACUUUAGAAAUACAAUUUAGAAUAGUUGAUUGCAGGUUGUGUGAUUUGUAUUCUCUUUUAUGAAUUAUAUUAGGUAUUUUGGAAAAAAAAAAAUCAGAA